AUGGCCUCCUCCUUAUCCCUCUCCCAGUCGUUCUCCAACUUUUCCUCCCUGAGCCACCAAACCUCCAGCCCUUUUAUCCCACGCAACCAAAAACCCCUUCACCUACACACCCAGCCCCGCAAACCCAUCUCCAUCAAAGCCCUCUCCGCUCCAAUCCUCAUGCAAGACGACCUCAAGAAGCUCGGUGACGACAAGGCCGUGGACUACAUCAAGCCCAGCAUGGUCCUCGGCCUCGGCACCAGAUCAAUCGUCGCCUUCGUCGUCGCUAAGCUCGGCCACCUCCUCCAGAACGGUCAGCUAUCCAACAUCAACGCAUCGAGGAGCAAGCCCACCAGCUGGGUAUCCCUCUCUCGGUCCUCGACGACCACCUGCGCUUUCACCGAGCCUUACAAGCCAUGGGUGAUGGGUCAUGACCACAAGAGACAAGAUCCACCAGAAGUUCAGAACAGGGCUCCAAAUAACACCGAGUUCAAUCGUGUUUAG